AUGGCAGAACUUUCUGAGCCAGAAGGACCAGUAGAUUGGAAAGAACGUUGUGUUGCUCUGGAAUCCCAGCUUAUGAAAUUUAGAGUCCAAGCAAGCAAGAUAAGAGAGCUCUUAGCAGAGAAGCCAGGUAUCAUUUGCUUUUCGAUUGGACAAAGGACUGCUUUCAGAACCGUAGAACUCGGCCUUGUCACAGUGUUUGGUCCAGGUGCCCCUCAAUAUAGCCUGGUAGCCCCUGUACUUGGGUUCGCCAAGUACGAAACAGUAAACUCGGACACUUUCCCGGAGCGCCACGCCUUCCGCCUCCGACGGUUUAAAGGAAUCCUCUCUGUUAGGCGCGCGCAGGUGAUGAUGUUCGUGGUCUUGAAUUUUACCUUUGUGUCCAACGCUCAUUUGGCCAAACGCAAUGAUCAAGACGUACAAGUUAUGGAAGAGAAAUUAAAAGCUGCUAAUAUUCAAACCAGUGAAUCAGAGACUCGGUUGUAUAAAAAGUGCCAGGAUCUGGAGACGCUCCUGCGGGAGAAAGAUGACAUCAUUCAGAACUUGGAGCUGCAGCUGGAAGAGCAGAAACAAAUCAGAAUACAAGAAGCUAAAAUAAUCGAAGAGAAAGCAGCUAAGAUUAAAGAAUGGGUGACGGUUAAGUUAAAUGAGCUGGAACUGGAGAAUCGGAAUCUUCGUUUGAUCAACCAAAACCAAACUGAAGAGAUAAGAACAAUGCAACCAAAACUACAAGACAUUCAAGGGAAGAAGUCGUCCAGUGUCUCCACACCAAAGCUUUCUGAAGGCCAGCGCCUGAGCAGUUUGACCUUUGGGUGCUUUUCAUCCCGAGCAAGGAGUCCUCCUCAAGUAGUAAAAUCGGAGGAAGUGAGCAAGGUGCUGUCCAAAGUACCGCUGUUCACGGAAGCAAAAGACGUCGAAGAAAUGGAAAUUCCAGAAAAGUCGGUUGAGAACCAAGUUCAAGAAAACAGCAGAGGCCCGAGAGCAUUGCAUCAAAGCCCCUGUGCCCCCGAACAGAACCAGAACGCAAGAACCAGCUUUGCAACAGAUGGUGGCCUGUCCCAAAAUUCCGGGGCUCCUGUCAGCGACUGGAGUUCCGAUGAGGAAGAGGGAAGCAAAGGAAGAUCCAAGUCCAGGUGCACCUCCACACUGUCCAGCCACACGUCGGAGGAAGGGGGCCAGGGCAACAGGCUGGGAAGUGAGACCUACCUAACGGCAUCUGACGACAGCAGCUCUAUUUUUGAAGAGGAGACCUUUGGCCUAAAGAUAACAGAACACAAGAAGCUAUAUUCUUGGCAACAAGAGGCACACUGGAAGGCUCAGAAUAGUCUCGUCCGAAAGGCAAAUUCUGAAUUAAGUAAAAAGGAGCGAGACAGUUCCUCAGAUGAGCUGAAUAAGAAAUUUCAGUCUCAGAGACUGGAUUAUUCCUCCUCAUCGAGUGAGGCCAACACCCCGAGCCCUAUUUUGACCCCGGCUUUGACUCCAAAGCACCCUACUUUAUUACCUGGAAAAGGCACACAAUUAAUGCCUUCAUCAAACCUGCCACCCCCAAAGCUACGGAUUCCUAACGUCUUCAGUAUCAGCGUCGCGCUAGCCAAAAGGCACUUAAGCCAGCCACAGUUAAGUUCCGAUCGGAUGUUUGGUACCAACAGAAAUGCUAUCAGCAUGAUACGGCCACUGAGACCUCAGGAAACGGAUCUUGAUCUCCUUGACGGUGACAGUUCAGAUGUUUUAGAGAACAUGGACACGAGUUGUGAUGACGGAUUAUUUUCCUAUGACUCCCUGGAAUCCCCGUGUUCAGACGACCAGGAAACCUGUGGGCCGGCGAAAAAGGCAGUGUGCGGCAAGCCCCCCACCCCUCCCCUGCACCGGUUCCCCUCCUGGGAAGGGAGAAUCUACGCUGUCGCCAAAUCAGGGAUUCGAAUGUCUGAAGCCCUCAGUGUGGAGAAUGCGAAUAAAAAUUCGAUUGCAGUGCUCUCGUAUACUACAUCGGGACUGUAUACAUCUCUGAUCUACAAGAAUAUGACCACGCCAGUGUACACAACCUUGAAGGGGAAGGCGACUCAAAUCAGUAGCAGCCCGUUCCUGGAGGAUUCCUCCGGCUCAGAGGAAGAAGAGAGCUCCAGGUCCAGCUCCCGGACUUCCGAGUCGGACCCUCGCAGCAGGAGCGGCCCAGGCAGCCCCAGAGCCAUGAAACGAGGUGUGUCCCUGUCUUCGGUGGCUUCUGACGGUGACUACGCGAUCCCCCCAGAUGCCUACUCCACGGACUCGGAGUGCUCACAGCCUGAGCAGAAGCUCCUGAAAACCUGCCUGUCUGCCGGUGAUCCUGGGAAAAAUGAACCACUGGAAAAAUCUGGCUAUUUAUUAAAAAUGAGCGGCAAAGUCAAGACUUGGAAGCGGAGGUGGUUUGUUCUUAAAGGUGGUGAAUUACUUUACUACAAAUCUCCAAGUGAUGUGAUCAGAAAGCCCCAGGGCCACAUUGAACUUAGUGCAUCCUGCAAUAUCUUAAGAGGAGAUAACAAGCAAACAGUUCAGUUGACCACUGAAAAGCACACCUACUAUCUGACUGCAGAUUCUCCCAACAUCCUGGAGGAAUGGAUGAAAGUGUUACAGAACGUGCUUCGAGUACAAGCUGCCAACCCACUGGUUUUGCAACCUGAGGGCAAGCCAACUGUGAAGGGAUUGCUCACUAAGGUAAAACAUGGCUACUCCAAGAGAGUCUGGUGCACACUUAUAGGAAAAACAUUGUAUUAUUUCCGUAGUCAAGAAGAUAAGUUUCCUUUAGGUCAGAUCAAACUCUGGGAAGCUAAAGUCGAAGAGGUUGAUAGAUCCUGCGAUUCAGAUGAAGAUUAUGAGGCCAGUGGUCGGAGUCUGUUAUCCACACAUUACACCAUCGUUAUUCACCCCAAAGACCAAGGCCCAACGUACCUUCUGAUUGGAUCAACACAUGAAAAGGACACGUGGCUUUAUCAUCUGACGGUUGCAGCUGGAAGUAACAAUGUGAACGUUGGAUCUGAAUUUGAACAACUUGUUUGCAAAUUGCUAAACAUCGAUGGAGAACCUUCCUCUCAGAUCUGGAGACAUCCCGCUCUGUGCCACAGCAAGGAAGGGAUCAGUUCCCCGCUCACAACUCUGCCUUCCGAAGCGCUGCAGACCGAAGCAAUUAAAUUAUUUAAGACCUGCCAGCUUUUUAUAAAUGCAGCAGUUGACUCCCCUGCAAUUGAUUACCACAUAUCUCUAGCCCAGAGUGCUCUGCAAAUCUGUCUGACACAUCCUGAGCUACAGAAUGAAAUUUGCUGUCAGCUCAUUAAACAGACAAGACGAAGACAGCCACAAAAUCAACCAGGACCACUGCAGGGCUGGCAGCUCCUGGCGCUCUGUGUUGGGCUCUUCCUUCCCCACCAUCCUUUCCUGUGGCUCCUCAGGCUCCAUCUGAAGAGGAACGCAGACUCCAGGACAGAAUUUGGAAAAUAUGCCAUUUACUGCCAGCGAUGCGUAGAAAGAACGCAGCAAAAUGGCGACCGAGAAGCAAGACCCUCCAGGAUGGAAAUUCUUUCCACCCUUCUUCGAAAUCCUUAUCAUCACUCUUUGCCCUUCAGUAUCCCGGUCCACUUCAUGAAUGGAAUAUAUCAGGUCGUUGGAUUUGAUGCAUCCACCACAGUGGAGGAAUUUCUGAAUACCCUGAACCAGGACACGGGGAUGAGGAGGCCGGCCCAGUCUGGCUUUGCUUUGUUCACCGACGACCCUUCUGGCAGGGACCACGAGCACUGUCCUCAAGGGAACAUCAAGGUUUGUGACAUUAUUUCUAAAUGGGAACAGGCUUCCAAAGAGCAGCAGCCUGGAAAGUGUGAAGGAACACGAACUGUUCGUCUAACGUAUAAAAGCAGGCUGUAUUUCUCAGUGCAAGCUCGUGGAGAGACUGAUAGAGAAAAGUUGCUGUUAAUGUAUCAGACAAAUGAACAAAUCGUGAAUGGAUUCUUUCCUCUGAACAAGGAUCUGGCAUUAGAAAUGGCUGCUCUUUUAGCUCAGGUGGAGAUUGGAGAUUUUGAAAGACCUUUCUCAACUCCAGCCGGGCAGGUUACUAAUCAGUGCAAAGCAAAUCAAACUCUAAAACAAGUCAUAGAGAAAUUUUAUCCCAAAAGGUAUAGAGAAGGCUGUUCUGAAGAACAGUUAAGGCAGCUGUGCCAGCGACUGUCCACAAGAUGGAUGGCCCUCCGAGGACACAGUGCUGCGGAUUGUGUACGCAUCUAUUUGACAGUAGCCCGGAAGUGGCCAUUCUUUGGUGCCAAGUUGUUCCUUGCAAAGCCUAUAACUCCAUCAUCGCUUGGAAACACUGUCAUAUGGUUGGCUGUCCAUGAAGAUGGUUUAAGCAUCUUAGAAUACAACUCUAUGAGGCUAAUCAUUAGUUAUGUGUACAAGAGUCUAAUGACCUUCGGAGGCUAUCAAGAUGAUUUCAUGGUCGUCAUUAACAAUGCGCUUUCAAAGGACAAACCUACAGAGAAAUUGCUUUUUGCCAUGGCAAAGCCCACGAUCCUUGAAAUCACCCUAUUGAUUGCCAGUUACAUCAACAACUUCCAUCAGCAAAAGGCAGCAUUUCACCACCUCUCUGCUCCAGCCUCGCUCUCAGUCCAGACCCGAGGACCCCAAGGCCGGGCGAUGGGAAGCCAACCCCUCCUUCCAGGCACCAGACCCACCAAAGGCCCCACCUUACUCUGAAACCACCGGAGCCGAACUGCUUGUCCUCUGGCCAGCAGGUGUGUCCACUUCAGACAAACUCACGUGCGUUCUGGCACACCGCGACGGAGGUCACUCUCUUUUAUUGAUCCUGAAAUAUUCUAAUGAGGACUCCUAAUGAAACAAAACCAUAAAGGUUUCCAGCCACUGAUUAUCUCUUAGAUUAAAUGCGCCUGAACUUGUCAGGUCGGCUCUUCUCUCUGGCUCUCUGGCACGUUGUGCAAUAUUGCUUUUCUUUUCAUUCUUAAAUAUCCUGGCAAUCUCUAAGAAGGGAAAUUCCACAACUCGGGUGAACUAGUUGAUCGUUUCGAAAUGCUCACUGCCCCCAAAAUUAAGGACUACAAUUAAAUGUGCCUUUAUUUAUUUUUUUAUAAUCAUUUUAUUGGGGGCUCUUGGCCUUCACACUGUAAGAAACAGCUGCAUGGGGGUGCUCUCGAGGGGUAAGUUUGUAGAACGAGUGAAGUUAAUCUGUUUGACUCCAUGAAUCAUGAUGUGAGAAAACAGGAGUUAGGUAACUGGAACCUCCCACAUGAUAUUGGAAAGUAAACCUUGUCCCCUUUGCGGAUCUCUGGAGUGUGAAAUGGAAAAUGAGAGAGCGAUUCCUGACAUUCCUUCGUCCUCAGCCCAGCAUUCCCUGGAAAACUUCCUGCAUUUUCUGAAGGUGGCGCUGCGUUGUUGUGACCUUGCUUUGUUAAAUAACGAUCUCUUUGAGAACAAAGACAAUGCUAAAAGCUUCUCCCUCACACACAGUCCUUCCUAAUUAUAGUUUGAAAGCAAACGAUCAAAAAGAUUCUUUUUUUUUUUUUUAAAGAAAAGACAAAAAUAACUUUUCUGUCAAAGAUGGUAAAUUUUUAGUUUAAAGAGCCUGGAAAUGUAUUCCAUUAUUUGAUUAAGAUAGUUCUGGGCAUGCCCCAGCAAAGUAAUUAGUAUUCAUUCAGAAUAAAAAUGAAACUGUGACAAGAUAAGAAAAUUCUAUUUUUCAAAUGUUUAAUUUUAGCAGUAAUCGUCGGUCUACUUUAUUUAUGUGUAGAGCAAGUGUAUUUAUUUGGGGACAUGUAUUUAUCACUUUGCGUGUGGCAUAUUUUUUAACCAGUUUCAAGCAUCUGAGCUGUUGAGUUAGUUCUUUCCGUGGCUGCGCUCUCCACACGGCUGUGCACUGUUCUCAUGCCAACCCUUGUCACGUGGCCUUUAAAACGCUCUGCUCCGUGGUAGCCUCCUGGUGAAAGCCAGAGCCCAGAAGACACCACCUCAGCCAUGCUUUACCUUAUUGGUAGUGACAUGAAGGUCAAAAAAUCCUCAUAGAAGUAGAACGCCACUGUUUCCCCUGCGUUUUUUUUGAGCCACAGCCAUUCAUUGAGUAAACAACGUAGUCUUCUGGGUAUAAACUGGCUGCCAGUUUGGGGUGACUCUCAGGAGCCGUCUGGCUGGGAUACCAUCGCCGUUUCCAAGUUUCCCAGAAAAACCAUGCAAUAAUCAUUGGUUGGUGAGCCAGAGGCUUGGCAGAGCUUUUCCAGAUGUGUGAGCACUCUACUCUCAGGCAAGAGUUCACUGUCUGUUAAGAACUCCAACAACUUCUAAUUUAAGCAGGUAGUGAAGCUUAGCUUAAAUUGCGGUCCCUUACUCUUCGCAUUUAUUUUUGAUAGAGAUGAAAUAUUUUGAUAGAAAGAAAUCCAUUUUCUGUAACUGAUGAUGUGAAAAUUUUAUUUUAUAUAGCCAUUUUAAAAAUUCAAAGUAUGUUAUUAUGAUUGGUUACAAGAGAAUAAUGUUACAUGUUUAAUUGUAAUAUUUGUCUCCUAUCAUUUUCUUCCCUUUCAAUCAUAAUAAAUGAUUUGUGAAAACCA